AUGGGCACCACCGGGUCCUGCGAUUCGGGCGGCUGCAAGCAAUGCUGCGAAAAGAAAUGCCAGGGCCCGUCGGAGAUGCAAGAGUAUCAGCCGCAAAACAAGAAGCAGAUGCUGAAAGAAUCCGUCGAGAUGCACCCGCCUGCCGCGGUGAAGCGCUCGGAGGGCGAGAACGCCUUGGAGGAUGCCGGUGUGGCCCAGAGGGGUGUGAUGCUCUUGGUUUAA